CAAGCCCUGGUGAUCCGGGAGGGGGAGAAGAUGCAGGUGAACGCUGAGGAGGUCGUGGUCGGGGACCUGGUGGAGGUCAAGGGCGGCGACCGAGUCCCGGCCGACCUGCGGAUCAUCUCGGCCCACGGCUGCAAGGUGGGGCCCGAAAUCCCGGGAAAUCACCCCCCCAGACCCAUUUGGGACCCCAGACCCAUUCGGGCCCCUCCCCAGGUGUGCCUGACCCUGACUGCCAAGCGCAUGGCACGCAAGAACUGCCUGGUGAAGAACCUGGAGGCCGUGGAGACCCUCGGCUCCACCUCCACCAUCUGCUCCGACAAAACCGGGACCCUCACCCAGAACCGCAUGACCGUGGCCCACAUGUGGUUCGACAACCAGAUCCACGAGGCCGACACCACCGAGGACCAGUCCGGCACCGCCUUUGACAAGAGCUCGCCCACCUGGGUGGCCCUGAGCCACAUCGCGGGGCUCUGCAACCGCGCCGUGUUCAAGGGGGGGCAGGAGAACGUCCCCAUCCUCAAGGUGAUCAUGGUGACAGGUGACCACCCCAUCACGGCCAAGGCCAUCGCCAAGGGCGUCGGGAUCAUCUCCGAGGGCAACGAGACCGUGGAGGACAUCGCGGCCCGGCUCAACAUCCCCGUCAGCCAGGUGAACCCCAGGUGAGCCAGGGGAACCCCAGUCACCAUCCUCUGCAUCGACCUGGGCACCGACAUGGUCCCCGCCAUCUCUCUGGCCUACGAGGCGGCCGAGAGCGACAUCAUGAAACGGCAACCGAGGAACCCCCGCAGCGACAAACUGGUCAACGAGAGGCUCAUCAGCAUGGCCUACGGCCAGAUCGGGAUGAUCCAGGCCCUGGGCGGGUUCUUUGCCUAUUUUGUGAUCCUGGCCGAGAACGGCUUCCUGCCCUCGUGCCUGGUCGGGAUCCGCCUGCGCUGGGACGAUCGCACCAUCAACGACCUGGAGGAUUCCUACGGGCAGCAGUGG